AUGGGCUCCCUCGGCGGCCACGCCUCCCCUCCCGGCGUCUAUCUCGACCCGGAGCGCGUCUUCUCGCUCGUCAUCAACCGCCUCCCAGAGGAACUCUUCAGACACCUGCAAUCCAUUCCCGGAGCGCCCGAGGACCUGCGAUGCUGCCUCGUCAGCUUCGCCGGUGCGGCUCUCCAGGCGCCGAGGCGGGGAAACUGGUGGCCCGAAGAGAGCUCCUGGACCCUUUAUUGGGCGAUGUACGCGUGGGCUCACGCAGACGCAAUGCGUAACAGAUUUGUUACUGGUGGAAUGAACGGUUUGGUUUAGUGUGAUGGUGCACAGAAUUGUUGCUAUUGGAGUCAGUUACCUUUACGUGCUUAAGCACUCGGUUAGUUGUCUGCUGUACAGAAUUUCCAUGCUGUUGGAACAGAUGGUUUGGUUUAGAGUUUUCGUAUAGUGCGGAGAAGAUCAAUCGUAACUGGAAUUAGUCAGUCUGUUAAGUUUUAUCCAAUGCUGUUAUUGGCCUAAACGAUUUGGUUCAGUCCUGUAAGGGAGAACGUUUUUAUGGCUAGUUCUUUUCCUGGAAGUUCAUAUGCUGGAAAAGUGGCAAGGCGCGCAUCACAUUGGGAAAUUAUAUUGGUCAGGUGGAAGAAAAUGAAGUGUCAAGCUCUGAUCCUCACUGCUUAGAUUUUCUAGAGGUUCAAAAGUUUUAUUUUCAGAACUGUUGCUUAUUUGGUGAAACCUUGGACAGAAGACCCAGUCCCAAGCUUUGUUGACAGUUUAGCAGUGGGCAAGUGCGGCAAUGGUUUGCUUGGUUGAAAGGAUAUGGGCAGUACAGGAUUAACGAAAAAAUUGCUUUGAGAAAACACACACAGAAAAACGGUAGUAACAAGAGUUUGUUGGCCUGAUAUUUUCUGGUAGCAGUAUUUAUCUUCCUGGUUUGUGUUGUUUUCUCUAAACCAGCUUAUAUGCAAGAUUACUUUUUUUUUUCUCCUGAAGGAAUUAUAAUUAUGCCAACUUAAUACCCAUUGUGUUUCUGCCUUUCAGUUUAAUAGAACCAUAUUCUAUCUUAGGAUCCAGUUUUUUUUUUUUGUCUGUUACAGUUAGUAUUUCAACUUGACAACAAGCAUCAUCAAGACGAGGGCUUGAUAA